CCGACUUUGGACACUCCUGGCCUAGAAGAUUGUGUUAAAUUCUUUGAAGGAUCUUGGAAAUUGUUAAGACAAUUUUAAAAUAGUUUCACAGAAUAUAUAAUUCAAAAAUAGUAAAUCUGUCUUUUUUAAAUUAGAUCUCAGAAAGCUUCUGUUCUGACAGCGGAAGCCGGAAAAAUCCCCUGUCGUGUAGCAUUGAAGCAUCGAUUGCAAACGACGGGUUCUCCUCAGAAAGUCAGAAGCUGUUCUGAAAAUGCCUAAUCCAACUCAGCGUCAGUGCACCGUGGAGAUUCAGAACAAGAGCUCCAGCUUGAUGCUGUGUGAGCCGCUGUUCCAUGUCUAUAGUGGAAAUUGUGAGUCCCCUUUGCCUCCGACUCUCUGUCCAUCUGAAUCCGGCACCGCGCUCUUCAGUAAGAAAACCUUAGCGGCGAGUGGCUCAGUGGGGGUUUUCACCUACGACAUACUCCAGGAGGCAAGCAAGGAGGCCUGUGGCCGGGUAGCUGUCAUGUUCGCCGUUCCCUUUGACUUCAACAUUUACUACAACUGGUACGCCGUGGGAAUCUUUGACCAGAAUAAGAUGUGCAACGAGGACCUCUACAUGGAGAUGUACUAUGGUGUGCAGCACAACUUUAUCCGAGGAAAAGCCAACGGACCCAGUUUGACCCACAGCAAUGGUCAAGUGACCAUCAGGGCCAGCAUGUCCGACAGCUUCCAGCCAGUUCUGAAGUUGGAGCUCUGCGACAAAUGAGACUGUCUGCUUCUGUUAAACCAGUACCAGCAACAUUUGAUUUUAUUUGACCAAUAAAUUCAAAUUCAUUUAAUGAUCAUUUUUCUCUGUGGUGGUAGGUCUGGGUGUUAUGAGCAGGAACUAUGAAGUGACUUAAAGUGGAAAAUACUUGUAAAAUAUUAAAAUUUAAGCAUGAAAUACAAAA